AUGUACUUUACUAAGGGGUUUCUCCUUCUACACACAUUGCUUGCAUUCUUUAUUCCCCAGUUUGACACUUUACAAGACACCUUAACCAUCAGCAACCCCAUCAGAGAUGGUGACCUUUUAGUCUCUAAAAGAGAAACGUUUGCACUCGGUUUCUUUAGUCCCGGAGAGUCCACCAACCGCUAUGUUGGCAUUUGGUUUUAUAAAGCUCCAGAACAACCCGUGGUAUGGGUUGCAAACAGAGACAAUCCUAUCACUGAUAAUUCGGGGGUUCUCUCAAUUGAUCUUCAUAGAAACCUAGUGCUCUAUGGCGAGGACAAAAAACAACCCAUUUGGUCCACAAAUAUUGUCACAAAAUCAAACAACAAAACUACUCUUGCUCAGCUCAAUCAUUCAGGAAAUCUAGUCUUGUUUAUUAAUGAAACAAGUGACGUACUAUGGCAAAGCUUUGACAAUCCAACUGAUACAUUUCUUCCAAGCAUGAAACUUGGAUUGGAUCGAAAGACCGGUCUAAAUCGAAUACUAACAUCCUGGAAGUCCAAAGAUGAUCCAGGAAUUGGGAAUUGCUCCUUCAUUCUCAAUACCAAUAGCUCCUCCCCAGAGUUGUUUUUGUAUAAAGGUAACACUUUGUGGUGGCGUUCUGGUCAUUGGAAUGGUAUUGGAUGGAGUGGAAUACCAACAUUGUCAAGUAAUGAUUCGGUCAUGAAUUUCAAAUUAUUUAACAACCAUUAUGAGACUUCUACAAUUUGGGGUUUACGUUACCCAGGCGCAUCAUUAUUCUCAAGAUUAGUGGUGAAUGGAUCUGGAUCAAUUCAACGCUCUGUAAGUGCAAUUUCAGAUCAAGAGUGGGACAUUCUUGGGGCACUGCCAUUAGACCGGUGUGACAAUUAUGGGAAGUGUGGUGCAUUUGGUAUGUGUCAAGUUCAAAAUGGUACUGAAUUUGAGUGCACUUGUCUACCUGGGUUCGAACCAAGAUCACUAAGUGAAUGGUCUGCGAGAAAUGCGACGAGUGGGUGUGUGAAGAAGCAUGGAAGGGCAUCCGUUUGCAAGAGUGGUGAAGAGUUUGUGAAGGUGGAAAAUGUGAAGCUUCCAGAUAGUUCAUUUGCACGAGUCGAUGAGAAGCUGAGUUUGAAGGAGUGUGAGCGACGAUGCUUGGAGAAUUGUUCUUGCACGGCGUAUGGAGGAGUAGAUGUGAAGGAGGAAGUUGGAUGCAUGAGAUGGUAUGGUGAAUUGAUGGAUACAAGAGUGUUGGAUGGAGGCCAAAAUUUGUAUGUACGUGUUGCUGCCUUUGAGUUAGAGAAGAGGCUAAGCAUUGACUCCAAUUUACCAAGCUUCGAAGACUCUCCAAGUAGAAGUGAAUUUGAUGGAUCUAAAAGCAAUUCAAAUUUUCCAAUAUUUGAUUUGAAGACCAUUAUUGCAGCCACAGAUAACUUCUCUGCUGCUAAUGAGCUUGGCAAAGGUGGUUUUGGCUCAGUUUAUAAGGGUUUGCUACAAAAUAGAAUGGAAAUAGCAGUAAAAAGAUUAUCAAAAUACUCAGGACAAGGAGUAGAACAAUUCAAAAAUGAAGUUGCACUAAUUGCUAAACUCCAACAUAGGAACCUCGUGAGAAUCUUAGGUUGUUGCAUUCAAGCAGAAGAGAAGAUGUUAAUCUACGAGUACUUGCCUAAUAAAAGCUUAGACUCUUUUAUUUUUGAUGAAACAAAAAGGUCAUGUUUAGAUUGGGGAAAGCGAUUUGAGAUUAUUUGUGGAAUUGCUCGAGGGAUCUUAUAUCUUCAUCAAGACUCAAGAUUAAGAAUUAUCCAUAGAGAUUUAAAGGCCAGCAAUAUUUUACUUGACAAUACUCUGAAUCCAAAAAUUUCAGAUUUUGGUAUGGCUAGAAUUGUUGGAGGUGACCAAAUUGAAGUUAAUACAAAUCGUGUUGUUGGAACAUAUGGUUAUAUGUCACCAGAGUAUGCAAUGCAAGGAAUAUUUUCAAUAAAAUCAGAUGUAUAUAGCUUCGGAGUGUUGCUACUAGAGAUAAUUGUUGGUAAAAAGAAUGGUACUUAUUACCAUAAUGGUCCCUCUGCAUAUUUGAUUGAACAUGUUUGGGACCUAUGGAGAGAAGGAAAAGUAAUGGAAAUUGUGGAUGCAUUACUAGGUGAGACAUAUCCUGCUAAUGAAGUUUUGAAAUGCAUUCAAAUCGGACUUUUGUGUGUGCAAGAACAUGCAAGAGAUCGGCCAACCAUGUUAACAGUUGUUUUCAUGUUGGGUAAUGACACAACUCUUCCUUCUCCAAAACAACCAGCAUUUAUUUCGACAAGUGCUAACAAUAGUAGAGACAUGAUAACAUCAGAAAAUGAAAUAUCAAUUUCUGAAAUUGAUGGUCGUUAA